GAGGAGAGAUGGGUAAAAGUGGAUAGGUUGUGAGGGGGGAAUAAAGCUGCCUGGAGUUACAUGCCUAGCGUCGCAGUCCAAUUAAAAGCCUGUGUGGAAGAGGCACCUUGUGUGUCAUGCAUACAUUAGGGACUGUGAGCGAGGGGUCUUGAGGGAGACCGAGGAGGCUCUACCCAGAGAGUGUCAUCACAAAUUACCAGGAGAAGGCUCUCCGACGCUCACUGUCUCUUCUGCUUUUGGCAGGAGCUAACGUGCCGCACGCCAGCCGCCACCUCCACCUCUACCGGGGCUCUGCUGUAGUCUACCAUCUCUCUCUCUUUCUGUCAUCUGCUCUCUCUCCCUUUUCUCUGUCUCUCCCUCCCUCUCUCUCUCUCAGCACACCUCUCUGUCUUCUACAUCUGUACCAUCAGCUUGUCUUCUUCAAUUUCAUUUCUUGGUGGCAAAAAAAGGAAUGGAUCUAUAAUUUAUUUUUUUAAAUCGCAAACUUCUGAAGAAACAGACUUAUUUUCUCAAAGCGACAGUUGAUUUUUUUUUUUCAAAUAGUUAUCCAUUUAUUUGCUUUAUAAUAUAUUUUUGUCUCUAUGGCAAGACUUGCUCACUGUGGUGUAACUGAGACGUGAUGCUUCAGGAUUUAAGUGCAAGUGUCCUCUUUCCACCGUGUCUGCAGCACCGAAGUUUUGCUCAGGUUCCCGACAAUGACGAGCAGUUUGUUCCAGACUUCCAGACCGAAAAUUUGGCUUUCCACGGACUGCAGCUGAAGAUCAAGAGGGAGCUGCACAGCCCGUGUUCAGAGCUGGGCUCGAACUGCAGUCAGGAACGGCCCUUCAGACUCCAGUAUGGAGAGAAGUGCCCGUACAACAUCAGUGCCUAUGAGCAGAAGCAGCCUGCAGGAAUGAAGCCCUCCAGCCCAGUGACACCCCCCUGUAGCAACCCUGUGUCUCCACUCCAUCAUGCCUCACCCACGGCGGCCCCAACGCCCAAAUCAGACAGGACCUAUGCCCAUAUACCGUCCUCGCAGCCACUCCCAGACAGCUCCUACUCCAUGGACCACAGAUUUCGACGUCAGCUCUCAGAGCCGUGUCACUCCUUCCCCUCCCCGCCGACAAUGGCUCAGGACGGACGGCCCAUCUACCACAGGCAGAUGUCAGAGCCCAACAUCCCCUUUCCUCCUCAAGGCUUCAAGCAGGAAUACCCUGACCCCCUGUUUGAACACCCAGCCAUGAUGGGGGCGCCGCUGCACCACACGUACCCCACAACCAUGAUGAUAAAGCAGGAGCCGAGGGACUUCACCUACGACUCAGAAGUGCCUAGCUGCCAUUCUGUCUACUUACGGCAAGACGGCUAUCUGGCUCACACUAACAGGACUGAAGGUUGUAUGUUUGACAAAGUGGCGAGGCAUUUUUAUGACGAUACCUGCGUGGUGCCUGAAAAGGUUGAAGGUGACAUCAAGCAGGAGUCAGGCCUGUACCGCGAGGGCCCAUCAUACCAGCGCAGAGGCUCGUUGCAGCUCUGGCAGUUCCUGGUGGCUCUGCUGGACGACCCGUCCAACUCCCACUUCAUCGCAUGGACCGGCCGCGGCAUGGAGUUCAAACUCAUCGAGCCAGAGGAGGUGGCACGGCGGUGGGGGAUACAGAAGAAUCGGCCGGCGAUGAAUUAUGACAAGCUCAGCCGAUCGCUGCGUUACUACUACGAGAAAGGAAUCAUGCAAAAGGUGGCUGGGGAGAGAUACGUGUACAAAUUUGUGUGCGACCCUGAGGCCUUGUUCUCCAUGGCAUUUCCCGACAAUCAACGGCCGGUGCUGAAGACGGACAUGGAGCGGCAGAUCAACGAGGAGGACACGGUGCCGCUGUCACACUUUGACGAAAACAUGGCAUACGUGCAGGAGGGGCCCUACUGCCAGCCACACCCCUACAGCGAGGGUUACGUGUAUUAACAUCAGCCCCACGACCACACACACUAAAACGCACACCUCCACCCUGCCCUUCCUCCCCGCCUCCUCCUAAGUCCGACUGUCAUGUUCUCUGAUUCACAAUUGCUCCGGGAAUAAGACUGAACACACACAUGCAGCGGAGCUUCCCCUCUCUCUCUGUGUCUCUCUCUGUGUCUCACACACACAUCCUCUUGUCUUUCUGACGUCCAAGCCACACUGCAGGAUGGAGAGUGCACUUUAUGGACAGGAGCAGCGCGGUGUUACCUGCCAGGGGUUAGGCUAUGUGUUCGCCUUUUUAUCAUUGUUUAUGGUUUGUACAUUAAUGUGGGAAUCGUUCUGGGGGUUUUUUUUGUUGUUUUUUUUUUUUUAUUUAUAUGAUUUUGAGCACGUGGCGCCCUGGUGAGAAAGAACUCAACGGCUAAUUCACAGUCGCCCCAGGACUCAAUCAUAGGCUUUGAUUUCCAGGAAAAGAGACAGUCUCGUCUACACACAUGCAGCAAAUCGAAGGAUGAUCACUUUUGUUCGACUGACCCUUAGUUUGUCCUCAGACAGCCAUCAUGUACUUUCAUGCUCAUUUAAGUGAAUACUGGCGAACUAUCGUACUGAUACUUUUAUGGUGAAGUGACAUGAUUAUAGACUUGAAAAAGUAAUGUGAUAAUAAAAGAGACAUUUAGCUACCAUCAGUGAGAACUGCCAUGCCAGCGGUUUGAGCACAGCACCCGUCCGUCAGUGAUUUCUGCCCCUCCGCCAGCCAGACUGUAGAUCUCAUCAUGUAGGUGUUUUUGCUGUAAUGACAUCAAUUCCAGUGGCUUGUUCUCUCAACGGCCAAAAGCCUCAUGGGUUAGUGAAGAUGCACUCGAACUGUGCUGAAGAAAUGUAUGAAUUUUUUCUGCAUCACAUGUGAACGCCGUGGGUUUAGGAUAAUUGUUAAAGAUACAGGCCGCUGUAAAAUAACCAGUUCACUGUAAACCGACAUUUCCUUUGUAUUCUGAAAACCAUUAAAGCCACUCAUUUGUCCUUCAGGUGUUUUUCAAGGAGUAACAGAUGAACGUGUAUGUACAGUUAAAGUGGACACAGCAAUCAGGACAAUGUGUGCAUCCCCAUAUGAAAAAUACAGAAGUGAUUUCAUUGGUAUAAACAAUAAACAGCUAAAAAAAUAUCCAACAAAAUCAAAAAAUUCCCUUAAUUUUUGUCUCUUUGUUUGGCUCCAGGGGAAUAUUUUGCUUAAAAAUGUUGCAUUGCCAUUAAUAGGGUUGCUUUUUGGCAAAAAGGUAUGAGAAAUAUUUAGAGUUUUAUAAUGAAAAAAACAUGCUAUAACAAAAAUAGUGUUCCAUUGUAUAAUCAGGUAAAUGCACCUUUUGUUGCCGCUUCAAACUGUAAGUGUACUUUUUUUAGAUUUCAGAUAAAAAAGAAAAGCGCAACAGCUCCAGCCUGCUAGUCUGGAUUUCUCAUUUUAAAUUCUGUUUAAUGUUUUUUUUUUUUUUUUACUUGGUUAAAAUCUCAGCAUUAACCGUUCUGUCUGAGCUUUGUUCUCAAGGGCCACAUGUCUGGGAUGAAACUGGCAAUAGCAGAG